AUGAGGAAGCAGAUUAGUGAAAUCAAGAAAAAUCUGGCUCUAGCAAAGAAAUAUUUUACCCCUAGUGGUGUGGGGAACCAUUCUGGAGGCGAGAGAAGCUUGAAAACUGUUACUGAUUAUAACAAGGUGAUGAUAAUUUUAGAACAUUAUCUAUUGAGGUGGAUAAAUCGACGAAAUGAUGAAGGUGCUAGCGUAACUGGGCCCCAGAUUCAGAACCAAGCCCGUGUUCUGUACAAUGCUGUAAUCAAGAAAAUUAAUCUUAAAAACCCCCCACCCUUCACUGCAUCCCGUGGUUGGCUUCAUCGUUUUAAGAAUAGGGUGAAGGUGAAAUAUGCUGUUUAUCAGGGUGAUGCCCAGUCUGCAGACGAAUCUGCUGCCUCUAGCUUCCCUGCAGUAGCCCAACAACUGAUAAAAGAUGGCAACUAUUCCUUGGCGCAAAUAUAUAACGCUGAUGAAACUGGUGUAUACUGGAAAAGAUCACCAAAGUCCACGUUUAUUUCUGUCUCUGAAAAGCAAGCUCGUGGAGUAAAAAUGGCCAAAGACCGAUUUACUGCACUGCUAACUGCUAAUGCCGAUGGAACACACAGAAUGAAACCCCUAAUUCUGUAUCACUCUAAGCACCCUCGCCCCUACAAAAAUGCAAACAUGGACAAACUUAAGGGCUACAUAUGGAGGUCAAAUGCCAAGGGGUACAUGACCUCUGCUUUAUCACUGGACUGGUUUGAUAACUGUUUCGUGCCGGAGGCAAAAGCGCACUGCCAGGCUAACAAUUAG